AUGGUGAAAAACCAGUCAGUGAGUCAGUCUACAAACUUUCACAGUCUGGCCAGGGACCUGGAGCGGACGAUGGCCUCCUGCAGAGAGGGUCCCCAUGGGGCGAGGGGUGUGAGUGGUGACGAAGUGGAGAGCAGCCAGGGCAGAAAGGUGGUGCUGCUGGAGAAGACCAAUCGCCUCCACGAAGAGCAGCAUGUGUGGCCUGGGGAAGAAGGGGGUGUGCCAUACUCGCCCGGCGGACCUUUCCGGAAGCUCGCCACGGGGAAACCAGUGGUCCAGAGGGGUGCCCUGCAGCUGAAGGAGAGCGCGUUCACCGAGGUGAGGUGGGUGAAGGAGAAGCUGAAGGCCGAGCGGGCCCGGGAGAUGGGCCCAGGAGGCGGCGAGGCCCGCUUUGGCAUGGGCCUGGUCCGGUGCUCGUCCGGCAGUGCAUUCUCCUUCGUGUGGCCCGCCAGAGCUGCCGGGGAGCUGAGGAGCGCGUUCAGCAAGCCAGCCAAAGGCCUGGCGGAGGGAAGGGCCGUGGCCACCUCCCAGCCUCAGGGCGACCCAGCGAAGCUGCCCGGGUGCAUCAGCGCCACAGACUUUGCGUGGUGCGGCAGCAGCCUCUGGACUUCCCGGCUCCUCGCGAGCGACCUGAGCGGCUCUCCGCUGCUGCAGGCCAGCCCCUUCCCACCCCUCCCGGGACUGUGGCCCAGGCAGGCGGCAGAGCCGGGGCCAGCUGGGGCCGUGCCCGCCCAGCGCACCUCCUCCACUUCCCUGGCUCUGCUGCCCCCCACCUUUGCCUCCUUUGCUGUGGCGGCCCAGAACUGGUGCGCGAAAUGCAACCUCGCCUUCUGCAUGACCUCCGACCUCGUCUUCCACAUGCGCUCCCACCACAAGAAGGAGGGCGCUCUGCCAGAAUCCCGGGGCAGGCGGAGACGGGGGGAGGGGCUAGCUUGCCCGGUGUGCCGGGAAUAUUUUCGGGAACGGCACCAUUUAUCCCGCCACAUGACCUCGCAUAACUAG